UCCAAGUGGCGGCUAGGGCUUUACGACCUCCUCCUUUCCUCCUCUUCUUUUUUCCACAUCCGCCUCUAAACCCUAGACUACCUGUCCUUUCGGUUCGAUAUGAUUCGAUUCGAUUCGAUUCGCCCAUCCAUGGCGGUCUCUUCGCCUGUGGCGUUAUUCUAGGUUGCUGAUUGAAGGGUUUGAUUGGUGUUUCCGGUGAUCUGUUUGGGGAGAGUUGAGGCCGGGAGAGGGGCGCCAUGGGCACGAAGAAUCAGUUCGAUCUCCUCGUCGACGUCGACAACGACGACCCCUCGCACCUCAUCGCCGCCGCCCAGAAGAAGUCGGCCGCGUCGCCCAAGCCGGCGCCCGCCGCCCCGGCGAAGCUGCCCACCAAGCCGCCGCCGCCCGCGCAGGCUGUUAAGGAGUCCAGGAACUAUGGUGCUCCAGCUCGCGAUGAGGCAGGACGAGGUGGUCCAGGACGUGGUAGAGGUGGCUUCCGUGGAGGCAGGACGGGCCCAAGGCGUGAAUUUGGUGAGGACGAUGCCAAUGGUGUUGAGGGAGGUUAUGGCAGAGGCGGCUUUGGGGAAAAUGGCUAUCCGCAGAGAGAGGAUGGUGAAGGAAAGACUGCAGAAAGGGGCCGUGGACCACGUCAGCCUUACCGUGGUGGUGGCCGCCGUGGUGGCUACAAUGAUGUGGAGGCUGGUGAUGAGUCUGGUCGUCCCCCUCGCCGGGCCUAUGAGCGCCACAGUGGCACAGGGAGGGGAUAUGCAAUGAAGCGUGAGGGAGCUGGCCGUGGCAACUGGGGUACUGUGACUGAUGAAGCCCUUGCACAAGAAACACUAGAAGCUGUUAAUACUGAGGGAACUCCUGCUGCUGCUAAGGAUGAGAGCAAGCUGGAGGAGGUGCCACAGUCUGAGGUUGAGAAGGGCAAGGAAGGCGAACCAACUGAAGAGGAGGAGCCUGAAGAUAAGGAGAUGACAUUAGAAGAAUAUGAGAAAGUACUGGAGGAGAAGAGGAAAGCUUUACUCGGACUGAAGACUGAAGAGAGAAAGGUUGAGGUGGACAAGGAGUUGCAGUCCAUGCAACCACUUUCAGUGAAAAAGGGCACUGAUGGAAUCUUCAUCAAGCUUGGUUCAGACAAGGACAAAAAGAAAGAAAGUGCUGAAAGGGAUGAGCGUGCCAAGAAGUCUGUCAGCAUCAAUGAGUUCCUGAAGCCAGCAGAGGGGGAAAGGUACUACACCCCUGGUGGGCGCGGCCGUGGUCGUGGCAGAGGCCAUGGUGGAUUCCGUGGUGGUUACAGCCCUCGCGAGCCAGCUGCUUCCGCACCGGCAAUUCAAGAUCAAUCGCAGUUUCCCUCGCUAGCUGGGAAGUGAGCUCGCAACCUGCUAUGAACUUGUUGCAUGUGUGUGGGAUUUGCUUGAGAGAAGUCUAAGAAACUAGUGUCAUUCGGCGUCAACUACUGUACUGUUGGUUCGGUAUCUACCGACGCCUCGUGUCCCGCGUGUAUAUCUGAGCGAGGUGUCUGUGUCAGUGUCACAGGAUAUGUUUCAUUUUAAUUUUCGAUAGGAUGUCUGCGUGCUACCAUGUGGCAUGUGCUACCAUUUUCGGUUAAAAGAUUUUGCUCA